AUGGAUUCAGACACACUGGAAGCCUUCCAGAGCGAACUCACCUGCUCCAUCUGCAUGAACUGCUUCCUGGACCCCAUCACCAUAGACUGUGGGCACAGCUUCUGCCGUCCCUGUCUGAGCCUUUGCUGGGAAGAAGGCCAGACUCCAAGGAGCUGCCCUGAGUGCAGGGGACUAUCAGAGAGGCCCGAUUUCCAAACGAACAUUGCCCUCAAGAGGCUGGCUUCCCUUGCCAGACAGGCCAGAGCUGACCACGACCACAGCUCUGAGGAGCAGAUCUGUGUGACACACCAGGAAGCCAAAGGCCUCUUCUGUGAGGCUGACCAGACCCUGCUCUGUGGGCCCUGCUCUGAACGCCCCGAGCACGCAGCUCACAGCCACAGUCCAAUACACAGGGCUGCUGAGGAGUCCCGGGAGAAACUUCUGAACAGAUUGGAUUAUUUAUGGGGAAUGAGAGAAAAAGUGCAACUCAUUCUGAAUCAGGAAGCUAAAAAGGCUCGGUCAUUUAAGAAGUUUGUGGCCUUAAGGAAAGAGAUGAUCAAACUUGAAUAUCAGAGGAUGCAUCCAAUGCUCCAGAGGGAGGAGCAACUGCACCUGGAGGCCCUGGAGCAAGAAGCAAAUGAGAUUUGUCACCAACUCAAGGAGAGUGUGUUCAGAAUGACUCAACAGAGAGAAAGUCUGAAAGAAACGUAUAGAGAGCUGAGUGAGUUGUGCCGCAAGCCAGACAUGGAGCUGCUCCAGGCCUUGGGAAAUAUAUUAGAGAUGACUGACUUGGUAGAGAUGCAGAAACCUCAGUCAGUGAACCCAGAGCUCACUUGCUGGCCUGUCACUGGAAUCCUAGACACGCUGAACAGCUUCAGAGUGGAUAACGUUCUGCGUCAGAAAAUGACCUUUCAUAAUGUGAGCCUUUCUGAGGAUAACACAAGUCUGAUGUUCGGAGAUGACGACCAUGGCAUGUCCAGACAGCCCCGGGGUAGGGAGAGUUUUGUGGCCUGGGGAGCUCGGGCCUUCACCUCUGGGAGGCAUUACUGGGAGGCAGAUGUGACACAGUCCUCCAACUGGAUUCUGGGAGUCUGUAAAAACAUCUUGACAAGUGAUACCACUAUCAGCAUUGAUUCUGAAGAAGCAUUUCUUCUCUUUUCUAUGAAUGUGAACAAUCAUUAUAGUCUCUUCACCAACGCUCGACCCUCAGUUCAGUAUGUGAAAAGGCCUCUGGGUAGGAUUGGCGUGUUUCUGGAUUAUGACAAUGGAGCUGUGAGCUUCUAUGACGUUUUCAGGAGUUCCCUCAUAUAUAGUUUCCUUCCUUCCCACUUCUCCUCCCCUCUGAAGCCUUUUCUUUGCCUUAGGUCUCCAUGA